UCCAGCCCCAGUGCCAUGCCGGGGUAUGACCUUUGACCUCAUGCUGAUGGGACCUCAACUUGUCAAAGCCCACCUGGAACUCGAUCUCCGGGCCUUGAAGCCAGCCUGAGGCACCAGACACUGGGUCCCGCGCCCUACCGAGCGCCGGCAUGCGCGGGAAGCUGCUGCCGCUGGCCAGCCUUUACCUGGUUCAAGGCCUGCCCUAUGGACUCCAGUCCGGCCUGCUGCCUGUGCUGCUGCGGGCCCGCGGCCUCUCCCUUACGCGUGUGGGACUGACCAAGGCGCUGUAUGCACCGUGGCUGUUCAAGCUGGUGUGGGCCCCGCUGGUGGAUGCGCGCGGCUCGGCGAGGGCCUGGCUGAUGUGCAGCACAGCCGCUCUGGGCCUGGUGUGUGGGCUGCUGGCGGGACUGCCACCUGCUGAAGCUGGCCAGGCUGGACUGCCUGGCACCGUGGUGGGCCUGCUGCUGUUGCUGAACUUGGGUGCAGCUGUGCAGGAUGUGGCCCUGGACACGCUGGCUGUGCAGCUGCUGGAGCCAGCAGAGCUGGGGCCUGGCAACACCGUGCAGGUGGUCGCUUAUAAGCUGGGGUCGGCACUGGCUGGGGGCGGGCUGCUGGCCCUCUUGCCCAUCCUCUCUUGGCCACUGCUCUUUCUGCUCCUGGCUGCCACUUACUGGCUGGCUGCAGCCUUGGCUUGGGCUGCACCAGCCCUGCGAAGGCUGCCACAGCCUCAGCCCUCAGGGCACUCCCCCUACACCCUGCAUCAUCUGCAGGAUUUGCUGACUGUGCCUGGAACCCUGUGGACGGCAGGCUUUGUGCUCACCUACAAGCUGGGUGAGCAGGGUGCCAACAGCCUGUUUCCUCUCCUCCUGCUGGACCAUGGUACUUCUGCUCUGGACCUGGGGCUGUGGAAUGGCGUGGGUGCCAUGGCCUGCUCCAUUGCUGGCUCCUUCCUUGGAGGGGCCCUGUUGACCAGGCAAUGGCAGCUGCUGCCUCUGUUAAAGUCAGUGUUGCAGUUCCGCUUUGGAGGGUUGGCCUGCCAGACUGCCCUGCUCUUCUACCUGAACACCCCAGGUGCCAGCUUGGGCCCUGGCACAAUCUUGAGAGGGGCAGCCUUGCUGAGCCUGUGUCUGCAGCACUUCCUGGGGGGCCUGGUCACCACAGUCACCUUCACUGGAAUGAUGCGCUGCAGCCAGUUGGCACCCAGUGCCCUGCAGGUGAGGAGGCAUGACAGGGACACAAAGGGACUGCAGGCCUGGAGUGUCAUGCAGGCCCUGACCCUGACCCCCUCAACUGUGCAGGCCACACACUAUAGCCUCCUGGCCACUCUGGAGCUGCUGGGGAAGCUGCUGCUGGGUGUCCUGGCUGGAGCCCUGGCCGACAGUCUGGGGCCACGUCUCUGCUUCUCCUUCCUGCUCACCCUCUCAGCCUUGCCCCUUUUGUACCUGGACCUGGCACCUAGCACCCUACUGUGAGCUGGGCAGCUGGACUGGUCAAUAAAGCUGAGUGUGCCUCUGGUCCA